GGCCGCAGUGUACACGGAGCCGCGACUACGUUUCGUCCGUUUCGCGCGAUUCUCGGUCGCGAAAACGAUAUCGAUCGGUCGCGAAAACGAUAUCGAUCUUCGUGCGCGUGCGCGUACCCGCGAAACACGAAUGGAUCGCACGUCAAACGCACAGUGAUCCCUCAAACUCUCUCUCUCGCUGAAGGAUCGAAGGAUUUCACGAGAUUCCGCGGGAGCAGGUGAGGGCGAGGUGCUGGGUCCUGGGAAAUCGUAUGUUUCUUGUCCUGUCGCGAGUCUUCCAUUCUUCAGUAUGUCACGGAAGAACGGUGCCUACGUUAGCGCGCUGCUCGUCCUGCUGCUCGAGCUGACAGCAUCGACCGUGGUCCUACCGAGGCCACCCUCGUCGCUCAAUCACAUCCGCCAUGAUCAGCGGGAGUUGUCCGCGCGGAAGGCGGUCCAGGGCAAGUCUCUGCACGGCGUCUCGCGGAACAUCGACGCGGGGAGACCCGAUACGGAGGACUACAGACUCCUCGAGAUCGAGUUGCAGAGCGCGGAGGAAAUGGACGCGACGAACCUGCAGGGUCUGGUGCGUGCGAUGCUGAAGCAGCAGCAGCAGCAACAGGGCGAACAAACGCCCAACGAUAGCUACCCGAAUCCCGAGGUGAUCCCACACUCGAUUCUCGGCGUGCGGGACAUAGGACUAGGUCCCAAUUAUCGCGUGGACACCUUCGACGACGACAAGCGCGUCUUAUUGAGCCCGCCAAAGUUGCAAAGCCUCGACGAGAAGCUCUAUUACCUAAAAAGCGGUCGGCCCAAGGUUUACGUGAACGUGCGAGGAAAUAGCGGCCGCAAAGGAGAAUCCGUGUCGCCGACCGCAACCCCGAGCGAAGGCCCGGCGGGGUUCCUCAGGGUAACGCGACCCUUCGAGAGACAAACCGACCGGAAAAUACGGGACAAGAAAGCACCGCCUAAAAAAUUCGACCGCCGCGUUGACGGGAUUGUUUUGGAAAACGAGCCGGUCGGCAAAGUGAACGAUCAAGGAGCGUCUUAUGGAGCAGACGACCUGUCGACCACAGAGAACUCGUUGGUCACGUCCAGCGAGCUGCCGAAACAGAUACCCGCGCCACCCAGCAAAGUCCGGGGACGAGUGCUGAUGGUGCAGACCACGCCAGUGCAGAGGUACGCGCUGAGAAGGACGGACAUCCUGCCAGGAUACAGCUUCGCCGAUGAAUGAACGCGCGCGAGGACUCGCGACGUUGGCUCGUUUCGUGGGUUCGAUCGCGAUUUCUGCGUGGACGCGCGACACAACCCUGAAGAUCCUCGGCAUGGUUUUUGUCCGAGAGCGCGAGAAGAUGCACCGACGACGAGCCGCGGAACGGAAAAUCAAACGUGCGCGAUGGGAACGCAGGAUUUCCGAGCGAGCCGACGUUCUCGAGCGGACGUCGCGGUAUUUUUGGAAACCAUGACGAGGGGCUAGCUGUGAUUGCACGAAAAAAAAGAGAAAAAAGAAAACACGUCUCCGCACUCGACGUGAGUUCAACGCGGUUAGCACACGUUGAAUUCUCGAGACGCCGAGUACAGGCCUCGGGCUUAAUUUAUGCUGAGCAUAACAACUUAGGGUAAAGAGCGCAUAACUCGUUAUUUAUAUAGAUUAAUAUAUGCUUUUGUAAUAUAGAGUCGACUAAUAUAGAGUUAAGAGAGUACAAUAAUAUAUUAACUUGCAGUUGAGCAAUAAAUGAACGAGAAAGCGAAUGUCCUUGUCUGCGCUGUUUUGGCGCUGUCCGGUUUUCAUACUCGACGAAAAGUCGAAUGACAAAGCGUGCAUUGAGAAUUCAUAUUGAACGCGAGUCGCGGAAAUAGUGACAUCAACUCACCUGU